AUCACAGUGGAAGGUCAUGAAAAGUCUUGGCCUUUUCAUGUCCCCUUCAUCAAUCAAAGAGGCCCCAUUUUUCUCUUCUCUCUUCUCCUCAUAGAACCCAAGGCUUCAAACCAACACCCAACAGAGGUACCCACCAUGGCAGAGAACAAGCCAACAGAGAUCAAAGACUUGCAAAUUGUUGUUACAAACAAAGAUGAUGAUUCAAAGAAGCAAUUGGCACCCAAGAGAAGCUCCAACAAGGAUCGGCACAAAAAGGUCGACGGUCGAGGAAGGAGAAUACGUAUGCCGGCGCUAUGCGCUGCUCGGAUUUUCCAAUUGACGAGAGAAUUGGGUCAUAAAUCUGACGGAGAGACGAUUCAGUGGCUGUUACAGCAAUCCGAGCCAUCGAUCAUUGCAGCGACAGGCACAGGGACUAUUCCUGCCUCGGCUCUUGCAGCUACAGGGUACUCUGUUUCAGAACAGGGGACCUCUGUUUCGGUUGGUUUGGAUUCAAAUAGGACUAAUUGGACUAUGAUCAAUAAUAAUAGUAACUUGAAUCGAUCCCACAUGGCAACCGGGUUGUGGCCGCCUCUCCCAGGAUUCGUGCACAAUUCUGGUAUUUCAACAUCAAAUUCAUCUACCGAAAACUCCAAUUUCUUCCUGUCUAAAUUGGGCUUCCAUGGUUUCGAAUAUCCAAAUAUGAGUUUUUCGACGAUUUUGAGCGGAAAUUACCAGAAUCUUCCGGGUUUAGAGCUCGGGCUUUCUCCAGAGGGUCAUAUUGGGGUUGUCAACACUCAAACACUUGGCCAAUUUUACCAGCAGAUGGGGCAAAGCCGGGGAGGCGGCGAUCCAAUGAAUCAGCAGCCGCAGCAACAACAUCCCGAUAAGGAUAACUCUCAAGGAUCAAAACCCUAAAAGUCAGCAAGUCAAAAGGAGUAUAUAAUGAAGAUUUAUGAGGCAGAUUCAAGAGUUUCAGAUGAGUUAGUUACAUGGAUUCUAUUUCGCUACCGCUAUUGCCCCUAAGUUUGCUGGGUAUUUUAAUCGGAGUCUCGGAGAUCCGUUUGGAUUAGGAAGAACAGAGUGGCUUGCAGGGUUGAUUGUUAUUCAUCUUCUAGUUCUACUCAAAUUUUGAGGUGUGUUUAUUGAUAUACAAUAGUUCUAUAAUACUAUAAUUAUAGGCAAUUCAAUUGCUUGUUUUCUUUUUGACA